UUUAGUUACAAAGAGGGGUGGAGCUGCUUUACAAAAAAUGUCCACCCCCCAAGAUCUGAAGUCUAGAGUUGCAAGAGCCUAAAUGAUCAUUCUGUGCAGGCUGUUGUUAGCGAUGAUGGUGCUCCAGGUAGAGUGGUAUGGAGCAAGGGGAGAGAAACAGACUUACAAGUGGGACGAUCGGGGGUACAUCCUCUACUGCCCCUGCAUGGGUCGGUUUGGAAACCAAGCCGCACACUUUCUGGGCUCGUUAGAGUUUGCCAAGACUCUCAACAGGACCUUUGUCAUUCCACCGUGGAGGUCUUAUGUACAUAACAAAAAUGUGCGUUUUACUGAUUGGUUUGAAUUGGAGCCAGUUCAAUCCUAUCACAAAGCUAUUCUCAUGGAGGAUUUUCUGGAACAAUUGGCCCCCACUCAUUGGCCACCUUCUCAACGAACAGGGUACUGUUACAGGGCCACAGGGAUGGCCAAUGAGAACGACUGUGAAAUGAAGUAUGGGAAUCCAUUUGGACCGUUCUGGGAAGAACUGGGUGUAGACUUUGUGGACUCAAACUUUACCAGUCUUGGCUAUGAUGUACGGAUGGAUUUUGUUCGCAAUCAAUGGGAAACAAAAUACCCAGCAGAGCAGCAUCCAGUGAUAGCAUUGAAGGGAGCUCCUGCUAAGUAUCCGGUACGCAAGGAACACAGACAUUUGCAAAAGUAUCUCAAGUGGAGCAAAAGGAAGUUGAACGAAGCCCAAGAAUACAUUAACAAUACCAUCGGAGACAACCCCUAUAUCGCCAUUCACUUGAGGAUGGGGAAAGAUUGGGAAAAAGCAUGUGAGAGUGCAGUUGGUCGAGACAGCUUCAUGGAGUCUGGCCAGUGUUUGGAAGACAUUCCUAAUGCAAAGAUAGACAAAGACGUCUGUUUGCCCUCCAUGGAAGUGGUCAAACGACAUCUUCUGGCACUACUGAGGAAGACGGGAAUAAAGUCUCUCUUUGUUGCCUCUGACGUAGAAGCUGAGAAGUACAACAUGCAGACAUACAUUGGUCGAAGAUACGGUAUCUACUAUCUGAGCCCCCAGCUCCCUCAGCUGGACCUAGUGGUGAUGAGCAAGGCGGACUACUUCAUUGGAAAUUGUGUGUCCUCAUUCACUGCCUUUGUCAAGAGAGACAGGGACGUAAACAAUAAGCCUACAGAAUUCUUUGGUCUGGAACAGCUCAAAAUCAAUCAUGCAAAGCAACAAAAAACUGAACUUUAGUGCAGUGAUAUAUACUGUUUCAGCCCCACCCACACAUUUUGCAUGUAAACAUGAUAAUAAUGAUAUUCAUUGGCGGCUUAGAUCUAGAUUA